AUGGCUCUACGCCGGAUUUGUGGGCCUCGACUCUCACCUCGACUAAUCCAAAAGCAGUUAUUCACCCAGGUUGCAGUGAACAACUCCAACUCAGCAGUGUCAUUAGAGGGAUACCGACAGUCCAGCAGUGGCGACCCACAUACCAAUGUGAUGGAAGACCUGCAAGGUCACUUCUUAAAAGCGCGAGUACUGACCAACAUGGGCAUUGUUGACGCACUUCGGAAAUGGUACCCAAACCACACAGUGACACAGACGCCUGAGUCGACGGGCCUUUUGAAAUUUGCAAAAGCUGGCCAGGCUAAUGCAACGCUGGAUACCAAUAUCGAUUUCUAUGGAUCGCGAUUUUACAAGCCAGCUACAGAUCCUGCGAGGCAAAGCGGACGUUUAAAGGAUAAGGUGGAGCUCGGAAGGUAUAGCUAUCGCUGGAAGGACCGGGACUUUCACGUUUAUCUCGCGGAUUACUGGGAAGGUGAGUAUGUCAAUAUCAACAAUUACUACAUCCUCUAUCCUCGGAGCCAUGAAGACGUCAAGGAUGGUCGAUCCCAAAUGGCUGACGAACUUAUUUCCGCUGCUUCUCGGCAUUUGUCUGACAUAGAGGAAGAAAUAUGGGUGUACGACCGAGGAUAUUGGACGAAAAGUCAUAAGCUGUGGCUGAAUGUGCAAUCAUGCAAAUGGGAGAACGUGGUCCUCAACGAAGAGAUGAAGACCCAACUCAUCAGCGAUAUUGAAGGCUUUUUUGACCGCAAGGAAGACUAUGCAUCAUUUGCAGUACCAUGGAAGCGUGGAAUAAUUCUUCAUGGCCUUCCUGGAAACGGCAAGACAAUCUCCAUCAAAGCCCUGAUGCGCUCCCUUGCCCUCCGUCCCAAGCCCAUACCCACACUAUACGUCAAGUCUCUGGGCAAGACCUGCGAUCAGGAUAAUAUUCGUGCUAUCUUUGAAAAAGCUCGGGAGGCAGCCCCCUGCCUUCUGGUGUUCGAGGAUAUUGACAGCCUUGUGUCGGACCAUGUCAAGAGCUUUUUUCUCAAUGAAGUAGAUGGCUUGGAGGGCAACGACGGUAUCAUGAUGAUUGGGAGCACCAACUAUCUGGACCGAUUAGAUGCAGGAAUCUCCAAGCGUCCAAGUCGAUUCGACCGAAAGUAUCACUUCGCACUUCCUGCGAUACCAGAGAGGAUUCAAUACUGCGAGUACUGGAGAUCAAAGCUGUUGGACAACACGUCUAUCGGAUUACCCACCCACAUAUCAUCCGCAAUCGCUGAUAUCACCGAAGGUUUCAGCUUCGCCUAUCUCCAAGAAGCUAUUGUUACCGCCUUGCUAUCGAUCGUUCAGACACAAAGAGCGAGUCAUGCCAAAGCAACCACUCUGGAAAUGUCUGAAAGUAAAUCGAAUGAUCUCAGAUCGAACGAAGUAUGGCAGGCCAUUAGCAAACAAGUCCAAAUUCUACGCAAAGAAAUGAAGGAUAGCCGAAAAAGCGUAGAAGAUGCAGGGAAGAACAGCGUCCUUGCUGAUCCUCGUUCAGGCUCUGCUGCCUCGACUGGCUUUGCACCUGCAAGAUAG